GCCUGAGGCAGAUUUCACAUGUCCCCGGGGGCGCAAAGCCGCGCGACGAACAUGGGGAGAGAUAAGCCGCGAUCUUCAGCCCUGAGCGCUUCUCUCUCCACCAUGCCCUCCCGAUGAUCGGGUCUUCUAGAUACCACCUCUUGGUCAUCUAUUACCUUUCCGCAAUUUGCCUAGACGAUGCCCGGGCCUCUGAGUGAGUCCUCGGGCCCGGUACAGCCCAUUCGCCGCGCGGUUACUCUCCCAACGAAGUUAAAUUCGCUGGCGCAACGCGGUUCGGCUGCGCCAAAUCUCUCAGAAAACGUCAUCUUCUAUCACCCCUCUGCAAAGAUAGUUCAUUUCGCACCCAGGGCACUCGUACCUAUUCCUUCAAGUUCCGCGCCGUCCGAUUUCGACUAUCCUGUUGACACGAUCGAGACCCUCCCCUGGCGUUCGGCCACCGAACGAACAGUCGCAACUGCACCCCUCAGGCUGGAACGAGGGUUGACCGUGUUUCUGAAAUGCGGAAAUGUCGUUCAUGCGAUCUUGAAAAAUUCACAAUGCUGGUGUGUGGACGGCGUGUCGAAAUUCGUGUUGCGCAUUCGCCCUCUAACCUACUAUCGGAUCGAGCUACCGAAUGAGACUGCGGAGGAUAAGGUGCUAGUGGAGGAUCUCAAGGCUGCAUUGCCGACUGUGCUUCGAUAUGAGGUCACACCAUGUCCCUUUAAGCGCGCGUUUACCGUCGACUUGCCCGAGGAAGCCACGGCACCGCGGCGCAAGAAGGCAUGGAGACCCAAGGAACGCACAGAUGGCGUUCCUUUGCUCUCGGCAACCAACCAAGGUUUCCUUUGCGAGGGUAAGAUGGACUGGCUAGAUUCUGCCAGUACUGGCGAUGACACGGAUGGCGCUGCCACGGACGACAGUGGGUUGACUCCCCAAAGAACUAGCAGCACGACGUCGGAAGCUGUAUCGGGUGGUGGUGAAUCGCUAGCUCUUGCCACUGAUUACGGUACAACCCUUAGCCCUGAACCAUCUAGACGUUCCGUAACGGAAACGCCGCGGACUUUCACUAGCCUGCGAGCGAAGUUCGAUGCUACUCCUGUCCUUGAAGAAUCAUCUGAAGAGCCGGUGACUAAGGAUGAGGCUCGGGUCCUUGAUGAACUCGUACCUGCCAACGAGGAGCCAGUGGACCAGGAGGCCAACUCAACCAACGAAUCUCCUAGCCUAAGAGACCCCUCUGAGCUUGCGGUCGCUUCAGUGCUGGCCGAUGUCCCCAAAAGCCAGAGUACUUCGGCUGCUGAAGCAAACUCAGAACUACCAGCAACUUUGCGAGAGGAAAAUUUUUCCGCGGAUAACUUGAAAUGCCGGUCAGCGCUCCCAGCAGCUACGGAGGCAACUGUUGGAGAAAAUGUAUCAAGUGCUGUUCAAGUCAUCCGUUCUGAAGAGGCUGAAGAUAAACCCGAGCGCAAAGCUCCAGACUCUCAAUAUGCCCCUAUACAAGUGCGAACUUCAACCUCGGCGGAAACCGUGGCUCUUGAGCGAUUUCUGCUGUCACAGGAGCUCGUCUCGGAAAGCGGCUCGCUGGCAGAUGAAGAUUCUGGUUCAGAGGCAGACCAGGACAGCUCUUUUUCAUCUACGCCGGAAUCAUUCCAUUCUGUUGACCUUCCUUCAUUUCGGGGAGUAUCGUCUUCCCAUAUAAGUUGUACCGAAACUCACGACGCUACCCCCAGACCUGGAAGUUCAGUUGCUACUUCCGUGGCUGAGCUCUCUGCAAAGCAUGGUUCUGUGGCCGUGACACCCGAGAGUAACCUUUCUUCAAGAAUCGAUACUACCAAAGCCCGCUGCUCGCCGAAGGAGGCUGAAGAUAACGCCCCACCGCCGGAACUCAAGAUGCCAAAGUACAUAGUCCGAGAGGAUCCACCGAAGAAGCCGUCAUUGGGAUUUCCCUCGGGCAACAAUUUGGCCGUUACCAGCACUAUGUCACCAGUCACAGACUUCCAGCAUAUGAGCACUGAAUUCCGUCGCCGGGCACAGGCAACCAGACAACGAGAUGUCUCCCCUAUGCCACCAUCCUCUACCAUUCACCAACCUCCCCCGAACGACCACGCUUCUUCACUCCUUACGAAAGCAUUGUCGCUCGUGUUGGUACCACCGAUCCACCUUUUUAUCAUUCUGCUCCACGUUGCAGCUCGUAUUGUCAUCAGCCCCACUCUGAACUCUGCCCUUGGUGAUUCCAAUUCAGGAUCCCAAUCUUCUAAUAAUGACCCCGUCCCUGAAGAUGACUUUAGUUUCCCCUUGGAACGCGAGGCAUCUUCCGAAUAUGAAGACGCCGAGGCGUCCAGGAAACAGGAUCCCUGGGAUCUUGACUAACCUGACCGACUCUUUUCACUCUAAUCUCUACACUGUUUAAUCAUUUUUACAUUCUCUGUGAUUUCUUGACGCUACCACUGAUUUAAUAUGUACCCUUUCUUUUGCAUGUGACACCACGAUUUACCCCCUGUUUUACGUACUCUUGUGUGAUGAUUAUCUUGAAGCUGUUUUCAUGGUUCCUAUGAGGAGGAUAACGUGGGAAUGGGGUUUGUUCUCUCCUGGAGCCUUUUUUCUGUAUUAUAGCGUUGCAUAUCACCAUUCGCAGGAAUUCUCUGGCACCGCAUGUUACGACAGCUACCUUUUCCUUGAUAAUAUAAUCUGUUGAGAAAAGAAAUUCCGUCAAAGUCCACAGAAUGGAAUUUCCGCCGCGGAUCGUGAACUGGCCAGUUUUUGAGACUUCUUUUAUGAAUAUCCAUG